AUGGGACAAUUUGUUAGUCCGAAAAUCACAACUAUUCAAAAGAGAAUAGGGGAAUCCGUAUCUCUGCCAUGUCAGGUGCCUCUAGGUUAUCCACCUCCAGUUGUUACUUGGCAAACAUCGAAGGAUGCUCAGCUGGACUAUAUUAAAGAAACUAGUCGACUAGCAAUCGAUGUAGAUGGCACUCUUCAUAUCGCAGCGAUUCUCUCCACAGACGACGGAGUCACUUUCCAAUGUGUCGCAAAUAAUGAGAUAAUUCGUGAACAAACAACUGGUCCAGGAUACAAGAUUACGGCAAGAUAUCCAGAGAUAAAUCAGCCAAUCACAUUUUUGUACCAAACGCCUUAUACGUCUCUCGCCGUUGUUAAUGAAACUCUCCGUCUACAGUGUAUUUUGGGUGGUUAUCCUCUGCCCAGUUAUCGUUGGUAUAAGGAUGGCAAAGAUGCGACCCUGUCCCCCAACACAAAUAUAGUCAACAUGGGGACAACUUUGGAGAUAAAUCCUGUGACGAACGCCACUGCAGGGCAGUACCGAUGCCAGGGAGUUAAUGAAGCAACUAUGACUUCAAUGAACUAUGAGUACGAAGUGAGAGUGAAGUCUGCUCCUAAAUUUACUAUUUUUCCCGUUGAUACGAUGGUACCUGAGAAUGGAAGCGUGGUGUUCACUUGUGAGGCCGAGGCAGAUCCCAGACCAAAGGUUCGGUGGACUGUCAACGGACUUGAUCCCUCAUUUUACCUUGAUGGAGUAAGGAAGCUUAUUAGUGGAAAUACAAUGAUUCUUAACAACUUGACGGUUGACGACAACGCAGUGAUCCAAUGCAACGCGUCCAACUCCUUCGGCUAUGAUUUCGUCAACGCUUUCAUUAAUGUGCUUCGCGAGCCGCCGUACAUAUAUAAGGCACCGCCAAAAAACCUUCGACAGACGGAGGGUGCAAUGGUCCUGCUGCCCUGCCGCUCCUACUCUGCGCCGAGGGCCCUCGUGGCCUGGCGCAAGGAUGGUCGUCCUAUCAAUGGUGGUCGUUAUCAGGUGAUGGAGAAUGGUGAUCUCAUCAUCGAGUCAGGUGCGGUGACAGACACGGGGAUGUAUGAGUGUACAGCGACGAACCCAUUCGGUGUGACCAAGGCUGCGGGCUCACUAGCAGUGCGUCGGCGUACACGCGUCACUCUGGCGCCCAUCGAGACGUGGGUGUACGAGGGCCAAUUGGUGAAGUUCGUCUGCACCGCGGAUACCGACCCGGAGGAGGUGGCAAACAUGGGGGUAACAUGGUAUAAAGACAACAAUGUCAUUGAUCCCAGGCUCACGCCGAGAAUAGAACAGAUUGGCUUCGACUAUUCCCUCGUCAUUGGUGGUGCGCAGACCCUUGACACAGGACAGUACCGCUGCAACGCCUCCAAUGGACUCGACUUUGCCACCGCCACCGCUUCUCUUCUUGUUCAAGGCAGACCGAAUCAGCCGCGCAAUCUGGUGGAGGACUGCAUCACUUUUGCCCCGUCUCGCCGAGCUAUGUUGAAAUGGGCGCCCGGCUCCGAUAACUACGCCCCAAUCAUUGAGUACAUCGUUGAGUUCUCCACGCAAUUCGAACGCAAGACUUGGUAUCGAGCCGAGAUUUACAACCUGACUGGCCUAUUACAGGCUACUGACGCUAAGAUUGUUCUUCGUCCAAAUAUUGACUAUCAGUUUCGUGUUCGCACCCGAAAUCGAGUAGGGCUCUCUGAACCCAGUGUCGCCACCACGGGAACCUGCUCGAUUGCAGCUACAGCACCUGACAGCAAUCCAAAGGAGCUUUAUGUCUACGGAACCGCAUCGAAUAACCUAGUUAUUCAGUGGUCUACUAUGCCAUACAUUGAACACUAUGCAAACAACCUCGUCUAUCUGCUCACCGUCCGCUGCCUCAACUGUAACAAUAUACGACCAGGAGAUAUCAACACGACGAUAAUUAGUGACUGGAGGACAGAUCGAAUCACGUACACCAUGUUCCAGAGCGGAGACCCAUCCAGUAGGAUCAUGCAGCCCAUCGAAUCCUAUAAGCUGUUCGAGGUGACAAUACAGAGUCGAAACGACAAAGGCACGAGUACGAAGGCGCCAACUGUUGCUAGGGGCUACUCGGGCGAGAACAUGCCCAGCAUUGCGGCCUCUGCGUUAACCGUGGUUCAGCCCACCUCAGACGGAGCCGUUCUGCAGUGGACUAUCAUUUUCCAAAACCAGGAACCUCUAGUCAAUGGAUUCUUCCGUGGAUAUCGAAUCGAGUGGUGCAAUGCUACUCUUAAUCAGGUUGAGUGCGAAAGACAGAAGAGAUUCCAGGACGUCCUGUUCCAACGUCUGCUUACUCCGACCUCCUAUAUGCGGCGACCUCGCUCAGUGAGUGAGAACCACGAAGAAGGGCAGGAGGAAAGUGAGAUUUCAAGUCUUGUACAUUUCUUCUACUCCCCUCCAUCCGAGUUGAGUCCAACGCUUUCGAUCACCGAACGUCUCUCUGACGUCGACGAGAGCUUUUGCCGCUUUCGCGCCUACCAGUCGCCCUCGUGUCUAGGCGAGGCCUUCCAACACGUACUCUCGCGCUCCAAACGUCAACUCAUCACUCUGUCAACGGUAGCAGACGCGCCCGGAUCCAUUAGUUUACGGAACUUUUCCUGGGGUGAAACCAUUAACCACACGCUGACUGGUGUGCCAGGCGCAACGGAGAUCAAAGUGUGGCUGCGAAUACUCAACAGUCUUCACGCCAGCCCCAUGGGUCCCACUGUAAAACUAAAGACUCUGGAGGGUACACCUGGUCCGGUUUCAGAGCUGCGAGCUGUGGUAGUUGGGAUAAACCGAGUUAACAUUUCGUGGAAUCCACCUACGGAGCCCAAUGGUGUGAUUACAGGCUACGAUUUCGAGGCUCAUGAAAUUAAGGGUCUGGAUAUUGCUUUGUCCUCGCGAUAUCCCACUGUACAUGAUGGUUCUCUGACCGGUUACGAAAUGACAGCACUACGGGCGAACACUUCUUAUCGGUUAGUUGUACUGCCACGAACAUCGGCCGGACUGGGAAUUGACUCGUUUAUUGACAUUACGACCCUAGAUGUAACUUCCACACCUACAGCUCCAACAUUUUUCAUUGCUGAUAUCACUGAGACGAGCUUUAACAUAACCUACGAGCCUAGUCACAGGGGAGAACCGGGGUCGGUAUUCUUUGCCCAGUACCGAAUACCUGGCAUCAUUUUAUGGCAGGAAUCGCUCCGAGUGUUCCUUUCACGUACUAUCCACGUCGCUGGUUUGCUGCCAUCGACAACGUACGAGGUGAGAAUGGUGGCUACUAAUGGAGCCUUUAUUUCUACCCCGUCGCCUCCCAAGAUCAUUACGACCUCGGGUCCCGCACCACCAGGGGGUUUAGAGGGGGCCAGCGCCACCUGGUUUGCCAUCGUUAUCAUCCUCCUCAUUAUCAUCAUUUUCGUCUUUGUCCUUCUCAUUUGCAUACGAGUGCAGCGCUUCAAGGAAGUUCAAGAGAAGGCAGCGCCAACAGAACCCUUGUUCGAACCUCCAACAAUGUUCCCAGAGCCCCAAUCUCUGCUGAGCGUAGAGCAGGAGCCUUUGAACCCCACAAUACCCUAUGGAUCGAUGGGACUGCCCCAACCACUAGGUGAAUUCGCUCCUCCACGCUCUGAGGGCAGUCACCAGGACCACUUCGAGAGGCCCUACUAUCCAAAUCAACCAAUCAGCGACAGCGAGAUGAGCUGGAGUCCAAAUGAAGAUCGAGCAGCGGAGGUGAUCGAGCUCUCAGACUUCUCCACGACCUCCCCCGUCGGCAGAGUGGGCCACUACGCUCCCCGGAGCAUCGGUAGUGCCAGUGCUAAUAGCGGUAGUGGUGCCGACGAGGGCCAGCGAAGACGUCGUAGUAGUCGUCCGGGCCAAGGGCGCAGUGUGGAAAAUCGACCCACCAUAAUUUGA